AUUUUUUUCCCUACAUUGAACCCGGAGGGGAGGGAUCCCUGAGUGCUGUCGCACAACUACGGUCGACUACAGGCUGUACUUUACGAUUCGUGCCGUUCGAGUUAGCGCAGCGGAGGUUUUUACGCGAGGAGACUCAAAAAUAGCCUUCAAAGGCGAUUAAGUAUGACGGAUAUCGACGGAGGGGCUCUGCGGGACCGUACGUAAAGAUGAGGAUGCAUCCGGUGUGGGCGCUGGGCGCUUGCCAGACUGGGUGAAGUGAGAACGGAGAAGAGAAACCUGCUGAGAACGAAAACCCACCACCCGGGACUGCCGGGGAGGACCUCUGUGCAGGUUCACACGGCCGUCGGCAGGGGGAAGCUUCCUGACCCAUGGAGAAUUACUUCCAGGCCGAGGCCUUUAACCUGGAUAAGGUGCUGGACGAGUUUGAGCAGAACGAAGAUGAGACCGAAAAUCCUAUUCUCUCCGAUGCCAAGUGGACCCAGAUCCUUGCCCCGCCGGCCCACCUGCUCUCUCUGAACCCCGCCCUGACGCACGCAGACCUCAGCCCGCAGGAGAGUCCUCUGCCAUUCAAAACUCUCCCCGAUUCGUUGCCCGGCGCCUCCCCUAAGCAGCAUCCCGGUGCCGAGCUGCCAUCCUGGGUGGAAGAGAGGCCGGCAGACGUCCACAGCCCGCCAUUACUCCAGCCCAACAUCGGCAAGCUGGUGGGCACGGACGACCACUCGCCGCCCCCGGUGACGGCCUGCGCUGCUGUGCAGAAUGGCUGCCCCGCCAGCCCUCAGCUCAGCGGGCUCAGCGAGGGGGCCCGUUCUCCCCCGGACGACCCGCCUGGCGCUUACGACCAGGAGGCGAAGCCUCAUCAGGUGGAGAGAGUUCCCUCAGCGGGAGGAGGAGGCUCCGCUGUCAAUCACACUCACUUUACCUUCGAGGUUGUGUUAGGGCACGAAAAUGAAACCCCGUCUCUGAAAAUUCAUCCCGAUGUGCAACUGACACCAAACAGGGGAGAUGUUACGGGAGGGGGCAGCGCUGAUGUUUUGCACCGAAAUUGUAUCGACAAAAAAACGGAACACUUGGAAGAGGAGCAGGUAGAAAGCCUCUUGAAUAGGGGGACGGAUAUCCAGGUUUGUUGUGAGGUGAAUGGAUUAUGUCCACUUUACAAGGUGGGAGUGGCAGAGAUAGAGAGGACAUGCGGUCCAGACGGACAGCCUGACCAACUGAUCAAAGUAUCAAGCCUUUCCAAUGGUUUGGAGCAGGAGAGCGGUAACCAUUCCAAGCUUAACGAGACAGAGGGGCAAGAGGAGGGUUUCUCUCCCUCUCCCGUCCCCUCAAAAGAGGACUCUGUCACUGAAGAGAAAGAAAUGGAGGAAAGCAAGCAAGAGGGUGGAGAUGGAGGAGGAGGAGGAGGAGCAGCAGCAGCAGCAGCGGCGGCGGCCGGUAGCACCCAUCCCAAACCCCACAACAACCGGCUGCAGCCCGUCAGCGUCCCGUACGGAGGGGCGCGACCAAAGCAGCCAGUCAGCCUCAAGCUCCAAAUCCCACAGCCGGUGGUGGGGCAGGUCCAGAAUCAGCUCGGACCGUCGGCCACCAGCAGGAACAAAAACCAGGAGAACCAGUGUCGUAGAAGCGUGGCCCCCGAAACUGUGGCCAACGGGGCCGAGCAGAGUGCGGGCGGGGUGAACGGGGAUGCCGUCGUCCACGCAAUGCCCCCGGUGCCCUCGGAGAGCCCCGACAACGACGUCCAAGCGGGCCAACAGGGCGCUGUGUGCAGGCAGCCCGUCAGCUCCUUGGGGGAGGUGGCCCCUGUGUGGGUGCCUGACUGCCAGGCUCCCGUCUGCAUGAAAUGUGAUGUCCGGUUUACCUUCACCAAGAGGAGGCACCACUGCAGGGCCUGCGGCAAGGUGUUCUGUGCGACGUGCUGCAGCCUGAAGUGCAGACUCGAGUACAUGGACAGGAAGGAGGCUCGCGUCUGUGUCACAUGUCAUCCUGCUCUGACGAGUGCUCAAUCAUGGGAGACGCCGGCAACUGGAAGCAACCAGAGUCCGAACCCAAACAACCCAGCGGAGUACUGCUCCACCAUCCCCCCCCUGCAGCAGGCCCAGGCCUCCGGGGUGCUCAGCUCCCCUCCUCCUACGGUCAUGGUGCCUGUGGGAGUCCUGAAACCGUCCGGCAACGAGGCCACCUUGACCCGGGAGCAGAGGAGGGUGUGGUUUGCUGAUGGACUGCUACCCAACGGAGACACGGCAGAGUCCCCUAAACCGCCGGCCUCCAGCUCAACCCCCUCACAGUCUCUGGCUAUCUCCAUGUAUUCACACAAAUCCUCCACUUCCGAGUCCUCAGAGCCCCAGGCAGCCCAUACCACCACUGCUGCGCUGGUGGGCAGCCCCGUGGGCAGCGCCCUCAGUCUGAUCCCAGAGGACGGGCUCCCUCCCAUCCUCAUCUCCACCGGAGUCAAAGGAGGUACGGGAGGCCACAUCACAGACUAUGCCGUGGAGGAGAAGCCGUCAGAGAUCGUCCUCAUGCAGCAGCUGGAGGAGGAAAAUCCAGACCCUCUGGUCUUUGUGCUCAACGCUAACCUGCUCGCCAUGGUCAAGCUUGUCAACUAUGUAAACAGGAAGUGCUGGUACAUGACGACUAAGGGCAUGCACGCCGUCGGCCAGGCAGAGGUGGUCAUUCUGCUCCAGUGUCUACCUGACGAGAAGACAAUCCCAAAAGACAUCUUCACCCACUUUGUGCAACUCUACCAGGAGGCCCUCAGUGGCAGCGUGCUGGGCCACCUGAGUCACUCGUUCUUCACGCAGAGCUUCCUAGGCAGUAAGGAGCACGGCGGUUUCCUCUACAUCAGCCCCUCCUUCCAGUCGCUGCAGGACCUUCUGCUGCCCAACCCACCGUACCUCUUCGGCAUCCUGGUACAGAAGUGGGAGACGCCCUGGGCCAAGGUCUUCCCCAUCCGCCUCAUGCUGCGGCUGGGCGCGGAGUACCGAUUUUACCCGUGUCCGCUGUUCAGUGUUCGCUUCAGGAAACCCCUCUUUGGAGAGACCGGUCACACCAUCAUGAACCUGCUCGCAGACUUCCGUAACUACCAGUACACGCUACCGGUGGUGAAAGGUCUCGUGGUGGACAUGGAGGUGAAGAAGACGAGCAUUAAGAUCCCCAGUAAUCGGUACAAUGAGCUGAUGAAGGCGAUGAACAAGUCCAACGAACACGUGCUGGCCAUGGGCGCGUGUUUCAAUGACCGGGCCGACUCCCACCUGGUGUGCGUCCAGAACGAUGACGGGAACUACCAGACGCAGGCCAUCAGCAUCCAUCACCAGCCCCGCAAGGUUACUGGCGCCUGCUUCUUUGUAUUCAGUGGUGCUUUGAAAGUGUCGUCGGGCUUCUUGGCCAAAACCAGCAUUGUGGAAGACGGUGUGAUGAUCCAGAUCACAGCGGAGACCAUGGACUCUCUACGUCAAGCCCUGAGGGACAUGAAGGACUUCUCCGUCACGUGCGGUAAAGCCGACCAGCAGGAGAACCAGGAGCUCGUCCACAUCCAGUGGACCGAGGACGACCACGACUUCAACAAGGGCGUCAUUAGUCCCAUCGAUGGGAAGUCUAUGGAGUCCAUCAUCAGUGUCAAGAUCUUCCACGGCUCAGAGUUCAAAGCCAAUGGCAAAGUCAUCCGCUGGACCGAGGUGUUUUUCCUCCAGAGUGAAGAUCAACCCAGCGACCCGGCCGACCACAGCCGGCUGACGGAGAACGUGGCGAGAGCUUUCUGCAUGGCGCUUUGUCCCCACCUGAAGCUGCUGAAGGAGGACGGCAUGGCCAAGCUGGGACUGAGGGUCACUCUGGACUCUGACCAGGUGGGUUACCUGGCAGGGAGCAACGGGCAGCCUCUUCUGCCUCAGUACCUGAGCGACCUGGACAGCGCUCUGAUCCCCGUCAUCCACAGCGGGGCGUGUCAGCUCAGCGAGGGCCCGGUGGUCAUGGAGCUGGUCUUCUACAUCCUGGAGAUCAUCUCCUAGGAGUCCUGGGAGGAGGGGGGGGGCGUCACAUCCGAACGGCAUUUACUUUCUGACAUCUCACUACAACCGUUUGCACAAAAACAAAAAAAGAAGAAAAGUUGGCCUGCCAGGCGGAGAAGCCUUCCUCAAGUCCAACCUAUGCAUCCAAGGGCCGCCUGGGGCCCCGAGGAAGCUCUGAGCAGGGCCACCUGUGUGUUCUGUGUACCUGAACCUCACCUGACGGGUACGUCUGGUGUUCAUUCGAGGUGCUCCGAGCAGGAAUUGAACACCGGCGAUCAUACUGUUCAGCCCCAGUGUGGCGUUACAGUGCCUAUAAAAAGAAGUUUUACUGUCUGUGCAACAUUGAAGCAAAGUGUAUUUCAUGUGGAAAGUAUGAAUUCGGAACAUCAAUCACAAAACCAUGUUUGCACAAUAAGACGCUUUUAAGUCAGACUGAUAGAGUUUUGUCUUCUCACUAAAUGCUGAAAUGGUUCUUCUGACCAAACACAGCGGUUUCACAUGCGUUCUCCAAUCAGCUGUUUUAUUUAAAAAAAAAAAACAAGAAAUGCAGACUUCCAACAGUAAGAACUAAACGGCUUUGUACAACAGAUGAAAACGAGGCCAAUAGUUAAGCAAUCAAGUAUUUUAUACUUUAAAAGAACGAUGUCUGUGGAUCAUUGUCAAAAACUACUUUGAUUCAAUGUUGUAAAACCAUAAAACUUCCAGGGAGAAUAAACCCUUUUCAUAGGCGUUGUAUGUAGCCCACCCGUUACCCGCGUGUCACCGUGGCAGCUGAACCCUGUGACCUCCGUGUAGCACGGACGCUCUCAAACAAGAGCGACUCUUAUUCACCGCCGGGAAGUCUGGACGCUUUCCUCUGACGUCCAGAUGGGGGGAUGGAAGGUGAUGUGGUCAUUUUUAUUUCGCUCUCAUUUCUUCCUCUUUUGCACCACGGUGCUCAGUGCCUCCAGCAGCGAGCGGGGAAAAGAAAAAAUGGAACAUUUUUAGCUUCACGCGUCAAUCACCAGAUACUUCGGUUCAUUAACCUGCUGUACAUAUUUUUAUAGGCGUAGUAACUUGUGCUCCGUUUCAACUCUGCAUCUGUAGCCUCCAUAAGUCCCAGACGAAGACAGAGGGGAUCGUCAUGAACUCCUCGGACUGACGCUCUGUGAAAACCUGUUACAAAAAAGCCUUUUCGUCCUGCGAUGGACCGCCGACUUAAAACAAAAAGGUUCCAAUGCUUUAUUAAUAAACUUGAUCUGUACAUAAAGCGUUAAGAGGGAAAUCUGUUUUUAAAUCUCAUCCAUCAACUCUUGUUGGAAAAGCCACUGCAGUUAUAUUAAAGUGAAUAACUGAAGAUGUAAAGCUAAAUAUAUAUAUAUAUAUAUAUGAACUGUAUUAAAUUGCAGAAGCAGUGCACUGGAUUCUAAGCCAUUAACAGGAGAGUGGAGGCGAGCGCCGGGUUGCCGCUUUGUUCCGUAAGAAUGUUGGUUCUAAUAAUUUUAUUUUUUUCAAAGGCAGAAAAGUUAACUGUAAAGAUCCGGGGUUCCUGCAGAAACGACAGUCUGACCGACCUGAAGCUGAAUGUAUUCCAUCUCACGUUUCCCUGCAACUCUAUCGUCCCUCCAAAGCCCUGAAAUCAUGAACUUCCCGCCGCAGACGCGUCCGACCUGCUUUGGAACCCUGUCGAUCGAGGGGGAAAAAAAAAAAAACACCUCAACCGUUUGAGUGCGUCUGUAAACCGGUGGCUGCAGCCUGUCUCUCCCUCUCGCUCUCCCUCUGCUCUGGACUGCUCUCUUUCAGCAACGUGGACCUGCGGGGAAAAAAACAAAAAACAUACGAAUGUAUUCCUCCUGUUUCUGCUCAGAUCUGUAAAAUGUGUGUUUUUUUUUCAGUUUCUGGCUAGAUUAAUCACCAAAAACCACUGUGUCGUGUCAAAACACUCUGUACAGUAAUCAUUCUGCAUUACGGCAACUUCUGCAUCUUUAAUCGUGCUAAUGUAAAACCAAGUCUCAAUUCUAAAUCUCGUUGUCGCAAUUCUGAAUCCGACAAUCACAUUAAAAAAGCUGCGGACGAGCCGAUGCGUUUGAAUUCGAUCUGCAGCUGUUCUGUAUUUGUUACUUGAUUUGAAGUAUUUUAGGAGCCGCCGUAGCAAAGUAUUGGGAUUCAAAAUGUUCAGUAAUGACCGAAUGAGAGGUCAAAGGUCAGCGGUUCUGGGUUUAUUACUGUGAUGAGACUAGAGUUGGUGUUUCUCAAUCACUGUGUCUCCACUUUGUGACGUCCGUCGGCCGCCGCCGGCAGUUCUGUUUUUUUAUAAAUUAGCGUUAAUGAAGACGAGACGCGAGGGUUUAUUUUUCUGUUACGUUUCGUUUGGGCAUUUUCUGUGUGCAAUACGUCCUAAAUCCAAAAGAAAAAAGGUGCAAUUUUGUUUGACUGAAAAAGUAGCAAUUUCUUUCAUUUUGUAUUGAGUUGUAAGAUCGAUCUAAACCUAUAACACUGCAUGCAAACAAGCUUUUUAACAGUUAUCUUUGAAUUUGUGGAUGAAACAAAGAAACUCCACUCAUUCAGUUCCAUCAUGGCCUCGGUUCUGUUUAAGUAUUUUUUCCUUUUUAAUAAACAGUCAAAACCCUGUCCUUUCCUUCCCUUCCAGGCCCUAAAUGUCAAGACAGCUGAUCUUUAUCAAACUGUAGAAUAUGUAAAAUUAAAAUCUAUACAGAAAAUUAAAAUGAGUAGUUUUUGCCUUUUAUCCUUUGUUUUUGAAAAGUUGUAUUCCUAAAUUGUUUUAUUUUUUUACUAAACAAAAAAUGCUUGCCAACGGUGAAAUACAACUUGAAUCGGUAGAUUUUUAAGUGGAGCAAAUUCAAUCCAGAAUUUUUAAAAAGCCGUGAUUCUGUUUUAGGGAUUAUUAUCAGAGAUUAUUCUGUAAAUACAAAGUGUGACAGCAUUGGACUUUGUAAACAAGUGUUUUAACCAAAUAAAAUGAUGGGCAACCGUUUUCCUUAUUCGUGUGAUAAACGGAAGGUUGCAUUCAUGUUUUCCUUGUAAGGAACGGAAAGGC